CACGAUUUCCUGACGCUCGGCAAGCCAGAGGAAGCGAGGGGGGAAACUCCGUUUAAAAGCCCUGCUCGCCUCCAUGUUAGCUGUGUGGUGGAAAACCAGGCAGGAGUUAGCCAAAUCUCACCGUGUCAUCAGCCAGGCUGGGGAUGGGGAGGGCAGAGUGAGACUCUUCACAGGCUGCUGGAAUUUCUAGACUGCCAGGAAGUCCCGGGAAGUCUGUGCAAAUGAGAGCGCCUUAACUCCAGCCACUGGGGGAAAGGCACAGACUUUUGUCAUCCCUCCUGCCAAGAGUGUGCUACCUUCCUCUUCCAGCAUGGUGAGCGGCGGGGCUUGUGUGUGUCGGGGCCGUGCCUGGGCGAGCCAGCCCAGCCACCGUCAGGCCGCCUGAGCUCCAGCCUGGGGCCGGUCCCACCGCUCCAUGCGCUGCAGAAGCCCCAGCAGCAGCAGCAGCAGCAGCUGGAGCCGCCAACAUGAGCUACAGAGAGGGGACUGACAGCAGCUGCGGCUGCGGUGGGCGCGACGAGAACAGGAUCCUCAAGUGUGUGGUGGUCGGGGACGGCGCGGUGGGGAAGACCUGCCUGCUGAUGAGCUACGCCAACGACGCCUUCCCGGAGGAGUACGUGCCCACUGUGUUUGACCACUAUGCAGUUACCGUGACGGUGGGAGGCAAGCAGCAUUUGCUUGGACUGUACGACACCGCAGGACAGGAGGAUUACAACCAGCUGCGGCCACUCUCCUACCCCAACACCGACGUGUUUCUCAUCUGCUUCUCUGUCGUAAACCCUGCCUCUUACCACAACGUCCAGGAGGAGUGGGUCCCGGAACUGAAGGACUGCAUGCCUCACGUGCCUUACGUCCUCAUCGGGACCCAGAUUGAUCUCCGGGAUGACCCCAAAACCUUGGCACGUCUCCUGUACAUGAAGGAGAAGCCCCUCACCUACGAGCAUGGCGUGAAGCUGGCAAAAGCGAUUGGCGCCCAGUGCUACUUGGAAUGUUCUGCCCUGACUCAGAAGGGUCUCAAAGCGGUUUUUGAUGAAGCCAUCCUCACUAUUUUCCACCCCAAGAAAAAAAACAAGGGCUGUUCAGAGUGCCACGGCUGCUGCGCAAUUAUCUGAAGUUGCCUGAGACCUGUCUCCCUGCCAUCCAAGGGUGUGAAGAGCAGUCAGUCUCUGGGACCCGCCUCUAGCCAAAAGGGAGGGCAUGACCAGAAAGGAAUCCCUGCAUCCCGAAGGCCUGUCACUGUGCCCUGCCAGCUUCCCAGCUCAGCAUCCUGUCACCACUGCCUCCUCCCCAGGCUGGAGCAUCCACACUGCGCAUGGAGAACGCUGAGCCACAUUCAGACAGUGCGCUGGGGAGGUAUUGGAAGCAAGUCACAAUUGUCCUGUAUUUCACAUCUCCCCUUCCACCGAUGUGAGCCAACGGGAAGUCACGCUGGAAAACCAAGCACUCUGUCCUGCAGUGGGGGCCUUACUUCCUGUGUUUGCCAACUUGGGAAUACAAUGCCGACAUUUUUCCUGAGACUGUUGUUUCAGCCAAGUGUCUUAACAUUUGUUUCUAUUACAGUUUCCUGAGGUCCAGUCAUUUGAGCCUCGAAAGUCCGUAUCAAAAUAGUUCAAAGACAAGCUGGAUUAUGCUCACUCCUAUUGACAGUGGGUCUCUGCCAAUGUCCUUAGAGCCAACAUGUACCUCUGAAUGCCUGAUUACAAAACAAAAGCAAAAACAAAACAAAAAAAACUUUACAACUUUUAUAAACUGUCAGAGCUAUAAUUUUUUAGCCUUUUAAAAAAAAAAUCCUGUGAAUUAUUACACCUUCUCCAGUUUUGCCAAAGAUUCAUCCUACAAAUGCUUCAGGUGACAGGGGUCCUGCUCUUGCAAACAUCUACUGUCAUUCAACCUGAAAAUGGACAGUCUUUGAAGAAAGAAAUAGAUUUCUGCUUUUCAUCUAAUUUGGUCAGGACAAGAAGAUGGCAAAAGCCAUCUUCCUGAUCCAGCAGAGUGGGCCUGCCCCACCCCUCACAGGUCUGUGCCUUCCCUCCAGUCACACUUUCUCCUGUGCCCAGGAGAAACUGGGGAACAUGUUCCCCAGUCACAGCCUGGGGAAAAAGAAAAAGACCUUAAAAGAAAAAAAAGGGGGGAGGGCUCUGGACACCAGAAAUGAAAAAUGUGUCCCAGAAUCCUUCAGGGUCAAAGUGCCUUAACUCUUCUACUUACUUCAACUGAAAGUGCUACUCGGCUUGCCCAUAUUAAGCUUCAGUUCAGGACAGUUUCCAAUUGCAGCCGGUGCGAAAAUUAUUGCCUCUCUCCUUCUUUCCUUAACUCCUUCUCCCAAAUGUCCAUGGAGCAUAAGCUUAAGUGGAUCCCAUUCCAGCCUGAGGCACUGCACCUAAUGGAGAGUUUGGUCCUGAUCAGGAAAACUUCCCGUGAGAAAUCCUGCACCUUUCAACGUGACAAUUCCCAAACAGCCAGGGACUCUCUGUGUUUUAAUUAGAGGCUGUGAUUGGCCCUGAUUAGUCUUAUUUGCUUACAAAUGCCCUGGAAUUACCCAGGGAAGCUGAUUUCUCCUUUUUUUUUCUUUAUUGCAUCAGUAAAUCAUAUCUUAGCAAUAUGAAAAUAUUUCACUUUUUCUGAAUUGAAGCUCCAUCUGUUGGGAAAAGCAUCCCAAUCUUUCUAGUCUUUUCUGCUCAUAGAGGAACCACAGAAGAGAAUUGUAUGAUAUGGGUCUUCUUAAGACCUUCCAUGACACCCCUUUAGUCUUUGGGGGUUUUGUUUGUUUGUCUGUUGUUUAGAAUUUCUGAAAUGUAUUUUUGCUUCCUCUACAUGUCAGUACUGUUUGAUUUCUCUCCCAUAUAAUGGCAAAGAGUUUUCUGAAACACACACAUACAUGCAUCCAUACACACACAUGCAUAUCAUAUAUACAUGCACACUCACAUACAUGCAUGCACACGUGCCACCUAAAAGGAAAUAAGAGUUCUGUCUGCUUUCAUACAAGGAAAUCGAAUAUGCAUGAGCCAUAAUGCUGUGGAGGCUAUUAUUUACCUUCAGCUAGGCAAUGAGUAUGUGAUCCUAUAAUGACAUUAGUGCUGUGAGCCAAUUCUGCUACAGUAUGGCAUAGUUGCAUCUUGCUAGUGGGCUGUUCCUCACUUCUUAUUUUUGUGGAGGAAAGACUGAAAGCAAUACAUUGGCUCCACCAGAGAGAGUUCCCUAAUAUGUGCAGUCAACAGGCAGAUCUCUCCCCCUAGCCAUCAGCUCCAAAAUGGACCAAUGAGAUUUCUAUAGCAGGACCUGAUUUGUUUUAUAAAAAUGUCUGCUGCCCCAAGGUUGAAUAACAACUGUUCUGAGAAUUAGAAACAAAAAGAAUUAUAGAAAUCAAAAUAAAGAUUUGCUAAUAGUCCACUCCAUCUUCCAAAGUCAACAAAUGGCAGCUGAUAUCCAUGUGAGGACAGAAAAGGUCUCAGAACCUGUAGCACAGUCCCUCAGUGUGCAGAUGAGACACUCAGCUGGGAUCAACUGAGAGCGAUGUGCUGUGCAGAGCUGAAGCAAUUCCUGACAUCUGCUUCCCACCCAGCACUAGGCAGUCCCACACUAGUUCACUUGUCAUUACCCAUAUCAAGUUGGAGUUCUGCAAGCAGAUCAGUAGAGUUGCAUUUGUUUCUCUUACAUCUUUCAGCCAUAUUUUAAAUGCUUAAUUCCAUGUAGUUAAGCCUCUAUAGACAAAGUAGUAAUCCACCACACUGGUAAGGUGUGGUAAAGUGAGAGAAUUUGAUCUUCUCACCAAUAUGCCUGCAAUCCAGAGCAAACUGCCAUGUAAUUAAGUAGCUAGUUUGAUGGAUUUUUUUUUUCACUUUGAUGGUUGAUUGUUCAAUAGAGUUGAUGAGCAGCUUAAGCUAAGACACAAAUCAAAGCCAUGUUCAUAGUAAGAAACCUGGGCUGAUUUCUUCCAAGGAAAUUCCGUUCUAAGAACCACUCUAGAAGUCAUUAACAACUACAACCUAAACCAGGAAUUACAGAAGAGCAAAGUCAAAACCUAAGCUCUGCACUUCCAAUGGGGAGUGGGUUUCGGGUUUUUCGGGUUUUUGUUUUUUUGGGUUUUUUUUUUUUUUUGAGGAUAAUAUGUAUGGUUAUAAUACAUAAAGAAUUAUUGGGAAGACUUCUGGUCUGUAGGAGCACUGUCAAUUGAAGUGGAUGUAGCCAUCCACGAUUCUCACUGCACCACCAACAAGGAAAUAGAAGGAAACCAGUCAUAACUAAACCUACAAUGUUUGAAGGAAAUAAAAAAAAAAAAAAACCUAAGCCAGGCGUCUGUGAUCCCUGUACUUAAGAGGCAGAGGCACAAGGAUUUCAGUCAGUUUAAGGCCAGCCUGGUCCACCAUUAUUUGAGGUGUAAGUUCCUAUGAGCAACAACCUUAGGAAAUUCAGCAUUUUCAAGGAGAAACUUCUGAAUUGAGGCAAACCUCUUAAAAUACCAUAUAAUGGAGCUAGAAAUGGUGGCACGCACAUAUAAUCCCAGCACUCAGAAAGCUGAGGCUAGAUGAUCAUUAAGUUAAGUCCAGCCUGGGCUACACAGUGACACUCUGCCUCAAAAAAGAGUUCACAGAAGCCACGUGACAUUCACUGAGCGAACAUUCCUGAGACCAGUGCGAUGAAAACUUCAAGUUGUGCUUUUGCUUUAAAGACAUAUUUGAUGUCAUGCUGGACAUUGUUAUCUAACAUGUUCUAUGUUGUUUUGAAAUCCAUCCUUGUUCAGAUGCCUGAGCGUGAAGUGUGCUCGCUCUCAAGAGAGCUACAGAUGACUGGCUAUUCUCUUGGUAGUCUCCAACUUCAUUGAGAAGACUUUCCCAAGCACUUGUAUUCCCAGAAACAGUAUCUUUUCUGGAAUAAUAGAAACAGAAAGGAAAAGGAGUCAGGCAAACUGAGUUGCUUACAAAGGAAGGUGAGCACUCUGAGAAAUGAGACGUUUAAGGAACCAAGAGGAAGUUACAACUAAACACAGGGCAAACCACAGGCUUGCUCACUCUGGGGAGAGUUCACUUCUGACCAGCAUCCAGAGGCUGAGGAAAGCUGAAGACUGAGAAUGUCAAGACCAUGGCAUGGGCAGUCAUGGCAAACCCUGUGGUAACAUUAGGAAUUCUGCUCUGAACGGAGGUCUGCGGGUGCUCUUUGCAGCUUUAAUGGCACGGUAGAGGAGAAAUCUUCCACAUCCUCUGCCUGUGCGUAGCAGAAAGUCAAGGGAAACUUACUAAGAAACAGGAAUGAAUACAUAAAUAACCUCGAAAGUCCCAUGAGCUAAACCUUGAUAAGGCUAACUCUGGAAUACUUGUGCUCAGGUAUACAGGUGAUAUUGAUUCAUGUUCACAAAGAUAUCUGUAGGUGGAGUUUUCCUGCCUGGCCCACAGUCAGGGCAAAUCUCUCUCACCUGCCAGUCCCACAGCCGUCAGACCCGACCAAGUAAACACAGAGACUUGUAUUGGUUUCAAACUGUAUGGCCAUGGCAGGCUUCUUGCUAACUGUUCUUUCAGCUUAAAUUAAUCCAUUUUUAUAAAUCUAUACCUUGCCACAUGGCUCGUGGCUUACCGGCAUCUUCACAUGCUGUUUCUCAUCGUGGCGGCUGGCAGUGUCUCUCUCACUCAGCCUUCCACUUCCCAGCUUUAUUCUCCUCCUUGUCCCGCCUACACUUCCUGCCUAGCCAAUGGCCAAUCAGUGUUUUAAUUAUUGACUAAUCAGCAACACAUUUGACAUACAGAACAUCCCACAGCAGAUAUCCCUAAAUACAAAGAUUAUAUUAAUAAUAACAGAUGCUAUCAGUGCAGAAAAAUAAGAUAAAAUGAUCGAGUUCAUGGUGUUUCUAUGGUCAGCAAUAAACAGAAAAGUACCCAGAACACCAAGCUCUCUGCUCAGCCACCAGGGUCUUAGCCUGUCUCUCAGGGGGGUCAGAAGGGAGUGAGCCAGGGCCUGGCUCAUGUGUGAAAGGGUGGGAUGUAAGUUCAACCCCAGCCAUGGGCCUUGAGGCUCCAUUCCAAGAAAUUAGACUAAUGGCUGGAUGAUGAAUCUUGGUUACUACUUGUGCUUUACUUCUAAGGGGCUGUAAUGUUCAAGACAAGGGUUGCUUUGGUGCACGGGUGUUAGAAGCAUGGCCCAGAACCUUCAUAACACUAAAGCCAGAGCAGUGUGUGGUCUUUAGCAACGAACCCCGAGGUUUCAGGAUGUGAGAUAUCUUUGCUGAAUGGCACCCAAUCGGUGUCACUGAGGAUGUGAGACCUGCCGCACUGUGAAGAAAGGGAACUUGGACUAGCAGAUCUGGCCUCCCACUGGCCUCCAUGAGGCAGUGUUUGGAGUUUGUUAGACCUUUGGAGGGAAAACAGAAACACUUUCUGAGCAAGAGCAAUACAUCUUGGGCGGUUAAUAGAUCUGCAUCUAAAAUCACCUUUCCCCGUCAUCUUUGAUACAUUUGUUAAGCAAUCAGGUUAUUGCCUCUUCAAGAAGCCCCAGGCAAGAAUGUUAAUGAAUUUGUACUCUCAUCACUCGGUAGAAUUGCCUUUGCUCUUAGUAAGCAGCAAGCACAUAUACUAUAUACAGGGACAUUACCGAACUGUAACCGCUGCUUCUACCAUACAUAUAAGGUGCACAGAGUCAAGGGACUUCCAGCCAGCUUGCUCCUAGGGUGGUGUUCCUAUAGUCUCCCAUGUAAUGGCUAUUCUCUGUACUUGUUGCAUAAUUAAUGGAAUAUUAUUUCAUGUACUCUAAUCUCACUGUUUAUCUGUAUCACAUUUUUGACAUGUCAUUAAAUGGCCUUUUUUUUGU